AAGGUCCUCUUGAUCCUUUUGUUGAGAUAACCUUAGGUAGCAAUCUAUACCUACAUGUAGGGCGCUAUUUCUAAUACAUUACCCUACAUAGGUACUUCAUAUUCUAACUGUACUAAUAGGUAUACAACCUACAUAUUAUAGGAUCGUGAAUAACAUAUCAAAAAUCUAUCUAAGCCCCCAAUCUACUAAGAAAAUAUUGAAGAUAGGACCUCCGAAUCGAGCUCGUACUCGCUUUAGUUAUCGCAACUACUAUGGGUGCGCAGCAGUCUAAGAGCUCGCCUGAGGUGAUGGCAGCCGUCGCACAUGAAAAAGCCAUAUUAGAACGCCUACAGGCGCUUAGCUCAGAGGACGGCUUUGUCCAUAUUGACAAGGAGAAGGGAGCACUCUUCAAUGGCGGCAUAUCUAGACAGCCGGAAAAGCUGGCUAUUGAACUGACGCAGAAUUGGCAGUCUAAGGUGCUUGCAGAUCCCAAGAACAGAUUAGCUCUCUCGGCCUUCAGCUCUGCGAACCCGCGAGAUGUUCUGGCUUCUCGAGCGACUAAGAUUACGGACCAGCAUGUGUUCAAUAUUCGUAUCCCGUUCGAGGGAGCUCCUAUCACAAACCAGCGAUCCUCGGGAAGAUGCUGGCUAUUUGCCAGUACUAAUAUAUUCCGGAUCGCUAUCAUGAAGAAGUACAACUUAGACUCCUUCGAGCUGUCACAGGCCUAUCUAUUUUUCUGGGACAAGCUUGAAAAGUCUAACUUCUUCCUUGAGAAUAUCAUCGAAACUGCUGACCAGCCACUGGAUGAGAGACUGGUUCAAAGACUGCUUGCUGACCCUAUCAGCGAUGGUGGUCAGUGGGAUAUGGUUUACAACCUAGUUGAAAAGUAUGGUCUUAUACCCCAGACUUUGUAUCCUGACAGCUGGAAUGCUAUGGCAAGCAGCACUAUCAACUCUAUCGUCAUCGCUAAGCUACGCGAGUAUGCUGUUAUCCUGCGCGAUUUGGUCAAAAGCUCGGCGACAACUGCCGCGAGUCUGUCGGCUAUCAAGGACAAGAUGCUACGAGAGGUUCACCUCAUCCUGACGUUGACCUUGGGACCACCACCUAGUACUUCCGAGGAGUUCGAAUGGAAUUUCCUAGAUAAGGAAGGGAGAGCGCGGUCGGUAGUUUCGACGCCGUACAGGUUUGCCAAGGACAUCUCGUCGCACGAGUUCCGCAUUACCAGCUCUAGUAUCUCUAGCAUGGUCUCCCUAGUUCACGACCCGCGCCACGAGCCUCUAAGCCUGAUGACCGUCGACCGUCUGGGCAAUAUCGUAGGCGGUAGGGGAAUCACGUACAUCAACGUUGAUAUCGAGACCUUGAAGCAGGCAUGCAUAUCCAUGCUACGAGCCGGACUGCCCGUCUUUUUCGGGUCCGACGUGGGCAAGUACAGCGAGCGGGGUAGCGGCAUUAUGGAUCUAGACCUUUUUGAUUACGAGCUUGGCUUUAAUGUCAACCUCUAUGGAAAGCUGGACAAAGCGGCUCGCCUCCGCGUCGGCGAGUCCGCCAUGACCCACGCCAUGGUGCUGACGGCGGUCCACGUCGACGGCGACGGCCGGCCCGUCCGCUGGAAGGUGCAGAAUAGCUGGGGCACGGACGUCGGGUCUAAGGGCUGGUUCGUGAUGAGCGACCGAUGGAUGGACGAGUUUGUAUACCAGGCUGUGGUUGACCCGAAGUUCCUCGCUAGAAAGGUUAGAGACGUGCUAACUAAGGAGCCGAUUGUACUGCCCCUAUGGGAUCCUAUGGGGAGCUUGGCUUAAAUGAAAUCUUAAGGAGGGCGAUUGGAAUUUAGCCUACGGUUAUGAUCACGGUAAUGAUAACAUGUAUGAGAAUUUUGGUCUACUAUCGGGAAUGUGUUCGGGCCGACCACUUAUAUCUCAUUUAUUGUUGGGAUAACUUGGCUAAUGGCUUUCGUGGGACUAUGCUUUACGGGAAUUUUAGCUUUAAUCAUGAACUUGCGAAUACUGCCUUGUAUGUCAAUGUCUACCCCUAACUGUAUAGCCGGCUUGCUUGAAGCGGCGAGUUCCGGUUAAUAGUGAUUUCCGCGCUCUCUACAUAUCUCGAAGGACAAACCCUACGUAGCCGAGAAUCGGUGAGUUUACUUAUUGCUACGAACCCGUGUGACUUGCGGCCUAGCAAAACCUCGUAAUGUAGCGAGCCUGCAUGUGGUUUAUA